AUGGCUUUCUUCUCUAAAGCAAUACACAUCUCCGUGGACCUGGCCCUGCUCGCCGGCUUUCUCGCCGGCAUCAAGAAAAAUACUGGGAUCGAGCCCAACGUGAAGCUUCUCAACCAACCGGAGCUCGAGAAAUACGCGUACAAAUAUUUGGAGCUUGGCGACUACUUGUACAAUCAGAGCGCCGAGUUCAUGUCCAGCUCUUACUUUUUCAGAAGAAAGUGA